CUGUUGUCUUUGGUAACUAAAGACAAUCUGACUGACGUCUGCUUAAAUUAAUAUAAAGGAAAAAGAUUAGAAGUUGUUUUUCUAACAUAUUGUUCAUAUUAAAGUCAGUCACACUCCGCUCAGUCGGCUGAUUCGCUGUAUUUCAGGACUGGUCACUUAAGAGUGAAUAAACACAGGGCAGGAAGUUGGUCAAAGGUUUUUUUGUGUUGCCUAAUUCAGACUUGUUGUCGUUUGCACUCUGUGUGAGCAGGAUUGUAGAUCCACAAGCAAAGUUGUUUCAAUGCAGUAGGAUCUCUGUAACACUGAGAGUAAACUAUGGGUAAAGAGCUGCGUCUGGUUCUGCUUCUGAUGCUUCUCUGUCAAAAAGGAAACGCAGAGCUACAGACCUUUUGUCCAGUCAGAUGCCAGUGUUUCACUCCGGUCCAAGUUCUGUGUGCUGAAACAUGGAUUUCAUAUCUACCGAAGAACAUGUCCAGGCAGAUCACAGAGUUCAUUCUCAUGACAUCCAGUGUGGCCCACCUGUUCCCCAACACUUUGGAGGAUAGCCCCCAGCUCACCAAACUUAUCUUCCUGAAUAAUGUCCUGACAAGUAUUCACUCACAGGCUUUCACACAUCUGACCAACCUGCAGGAGCUGGAGAUCAGCGGGAACCCUCUGCUGAAUCAUUUGUAUCUGGGGACUUUUUCAAAACAGGGAAAUUUGACUAAACUGCUGCUAAACUACAACCAGGUAAAUGAGUUGCUCCCUGGCAUGUUUGACCCUCUUAAGAACCUGGAAACUCUGCAGAUGAAGGGCAACAUCAUAUCAGAUCUGCCUGAAUUUAUUUUCCUGAAGCUCAACAAGUUGCUUGUCCUGGAUCUGUCACAAAAUAAGCUAACAGAAGUGAAAAGACAAACAUUUGCUGGUCUUGGAAAGCUGGAGACCCUGAAAAUGAACAACAACCUCAUCAGCAAUCUGACAUCCAACACGUUUAACAAUAUUUCUCAGCUGGCAGAGCUUCACUUGGAGGGGAAUAAGAUAUCAGAGCUUGCUGACAGCAUCUUCUGCAUGUUGACCAAUCUGAAGGUGCUGAACCUCCGCGGAAACCUUCUUACAAGCUUCAGCGACAAAGUUUUUGGAUUCCAGUUAUCAAAUUUGAUGGAGCUGAACCUAAAAGGCAACAGACUGACUCAGCUGUACUCUUUAAGUCGUUUCACAACUCUUACUGACCUUACAUUGUCCUCAAACCAACUCUCGUACCUUCCCCAAACCAUUUUUAAGAAUGUCACGACCCUGGAGAAUAUCGACUUGUCUGAAAACCAGCUCAACUCGCUGCCCGGAACAAUCUUUCGUGAUCUUUUUUCAAUCAAGACUAUUCACCUGAACAAGAACAAUUUGAGCAAAGUGGAGGCCAACCUGUUUGAGGACCAGCUGCUUAUGCAGAAGGUCUACCUGUCCGACAACCAGCUGGAAACUGUCCCACUGGGCCUCUUAGACCCUUUAAUCAUGCAGUACACAGUGAGACUCCACGGAAACCCCUGGAAAUGUGACUGCCACUUGUUCUAUCUGCAUGACUGGGUGCUGAAGAAUAGCCAGGACAUCGAGAUGCUGGACAGGGUCCUCUGCCAUGGACCCAGUUUUUUCAGAGGCCAGACAGUCGCCUCCAUGGACAAGGACCAGCUGGUUUGUCAGGUAUCUGAAGAUGAGAUGCCUGACAUGAGAAACUGUAUCCUACAGGCUUCCAGAAACAGUGUGACCAUCAAGUGUAGAGUGGAUGUAUCCUCUCCGAUAACGGUGAAGGUACUGUUUGAGGAGGAGGGUGGCACUGUUAAGGAGCAUAUUUUGACAAAUAAAUCUGGACCCUCUAAUUGUAGCAACGUAGCAAUAAUGGAGAGCCCCAAUGAGUAGUUUUUGUGUUAACCACAUGCAAAUAAGUAUUUGUGCAUUUGGUCAUUCAAAAAGUCACAUAAUAUCUUCUGUCCAAGUCGAUACAGUAAACAAACCUGUAACUCAGCAGCUGAUAACUGGCUUACAUGCUGAAUGAUAAGAAGGGUGUAUGAACCCAUUUCCUGUAAAGUUUAAAGUUCAACCCAAUACUUUUGAAGAUCCUCUCUGCUUAGAAUGGGCUCGUACUUAAAU